UUUUGGUCUUGGGCGUGUUAAAAGCUCCAGUUUUAACUCUUAAGAAUUGUGUCACCUCAAGACUCUCACCUCUGAGACAAGAAUCAUUCGAACCGAUCUCCAGGAAAAAAAAAUGAGGAAGAGAACGAUGUACGCCUGGGGAUUGGCCAUCAUCUGCUUUGUAGUGUUGAUGAUAGUCACUCCUGCCAUCCCUCAGUCCCAAGCCUACCAUGAUUUCGCUGACCAGCGCCGGUUUUUCGGUAUUCCCAAUACCCUUAAUGUGAUUUCAAAUUUCCCUUUCCUGGUCGUUGGUCUUAUCGGUCUCAUCCUUUGCUAUUAUGAGAACCAUAUGAAGCUCAGCUUGCAAGGUGAGCUUUGGGGUUGGACAUGUUUCUACAUUGGUGUGGCUGCUGUUGGGAUUGGAUCCUCAUAUUAUCAUCUGAAUCCAAAUGACGCUACUCUAGUGUGGGAUCGCUUGCCUAUGACCAUUGCCUUCACAUCAAUCAUUGCAAUUUUUAUCAUUGAAAGGAUUGAUGAGCGGAAGGGAACCAUUUCCAUCAUACCUCUAAUUUUGGCAGGUGUAAUAAGCAUAUUGUAUUGGAGAUUUUUUGAUGACCUCCGUCCAUAUGCUCUUGUCCAGUUUCUUCCCUGCAUUGCCAUUCCUUUGAUGGCUGUCUUGUUACCUCCUAUGUACACACAUUCCACAUAUUGGCUUUGGGCAGCAGUGUUUUAUCUUUUAGCUAAGGUGGAAGAAGCUGGUGAUGAAGUGAUCUACAAAUGGACAUAUCAUAUUGUUAGCGGGCACACCCUUAAGCAUCUGUGUGCCGCAAUGGUUCCUGUCUUCCUUACACUUAUGCUUGCAAAGAGAACUAUUGAAACAGAGAGGCAAAGUUUGCUCAAGAUUUGGAAGGUUUCCUGGACUGAAUAUAGAAGGAAGGAUGAUGACACGGUGGUAGAAACGUGCACCUAUAGUACUGUUCCGGUUGUGGAAUCACAGUAGGCCUUUGGAAUGAAAGACAAUGUAUAGGAGAAAAUCUAUACUGGUAUGUAGUUAGAAUGUGAGAAAGAAAAAGGAGUUACAUGUUGAUAAGGGCUAACUAACAGAUACUCAUGUGCUUCUUUUGAAGUCAUGGAAGCAUAUAACUUCUUAAUAUUGUAAAUAGAGUAACGUAGUAUCGAACUUUAAAUUUCUCAUGUUCAUUGAGUUAAUUGACCGUGAUUGUAUCAGAGUUCUGCAGUACUUACUACCAUGUAGUGACAACU